GUCGCCGUCUAAUAUCAACCCAGCUCCGUACUUCCCUAGGUCCGCCGGCGACUAAAGAGAAAAUAGCAGAGUGAUCUACCUACCACUAAUACGCUUCCACUCGACUUCGUAAAGGAACAAAUAACUAAUCUAGUUUCCUAUCAGACGCCCCCCUGUCAUUCGUCUUUCUCUCUUCUACUGUAUUCUUGCUUCACAUGUCUCCGGGGUUAGGUAUUAUUACAAAGCAACGCAGCAGAAGCCCAAAACAGCUGAAAAAGAAGGCGACAAAUCCCAAAGUCCAUGGACUUUCCAUCACCAUCAAUGUUUCCGCCUUUGUUGCCCCCCCCCCCCCCCCCNCGGAGAGUUGCAUUUCCCUCGCGUUGCCGUUUGGGAAGACGCCCCUCUCUUCCCUCCAUCUACUUUUGGCAUACAGUACGGAGACACCUUUUUCUCUGGAUUUUCUUUUGUUCUGUCGGGAAUUCACGCCCCCUCCCCUGACGUCGUGUCGUUUUUUUCUUUUGUUCCUCUGUGACUCUUAUUCGAGUCGUGUUUUCCGUUUUGGCUCUUUAUUUUCCCGUCCCGGUGGAGAGAACCAAUGGGGGAGUGGAGCAAUUCUCUGCUUCUUUUUUUUCCCUUUCUUUUUUUUCCACCCUCGGUAAACGGUACAUCUUCCGCUACUGGACUGGACUUGUGGUUUCUUCCCGUCAGAAUAGGUUCGCUCGCGUUUCAUCUCCGCUGCAGGUCAGCACCUAAAAAGACAACCUGAAUACACGCACACACACGAGAGAGAAGCUAGCCCGGGACCUCGGCACGACUUUC